AUGGAUACCUCACAGUCGACCAAGAUUUGGUAUUUACCUCACCACCCUGUAACGAAUGUGAACAAAACUGGCAAGGUGCGCGUUGUGUUUGACUGCGCCGCAAAAUAUCAAAAUGUGUCGCUGAACAGUCAACUCUUGAAAGGACCGGACUAUAUGAACAGCCUUAUCGGUGUGUUGAUGCGUUUCCGUCAAGACCAUGUCACCAUAGCAGCGGACGUUGAAGCUAUGUUUCACCAAGUUAGGGUUCGAAAUGAAGACAGAGAUGCUCUCAGGUUUCUAUGGUGGCCAAAUGGUGACUUAUCUCGAGCACCUAAAUGCUACAGAAUGAAGGUACAUAUUUUUGGCGCUACAUCUUCACCAAGUUGUGCAGCAUAUGCAUUGAAACGCACAGCUAAAGAUUUUGCUCACUUAUAUGAAAAAGAAAAAGCAACUGUGGUGGAUAGAGAUUUCUAUGUUGACGAUUGCUUGAUGUCAGUGGCAACUGAAGAACAAGCGGUUUAUAUAUCGACAGAUCUGCGAAGUAUGUUGCUAUGUGGGGGGUUCCGACUAACGAAAUGGAUGAGCAACAGCAGAAAGGUGAUAGAGACGGUGCCCACAGCUGAGCGCGCACCUUCAAUUAAGAAUUUAAAUCCAGACGACAACUUACCAUGUGAUCGCGCUCUUGGUGUUACUUGGGAUGUCAGCACCGAUCAAAUUAAGUUUAGGGUCAAGUUGGACGAUAAGCCAAUGACAAGACGAGGUAUUCUUUCUGUAGUCAGUGCGAUGUUUGAUCCGCUCGGACUGAUCGCCCCAGUGACACUUCGUGCGAAAGCCAUCAUACAAACCCUAUGUAGAGACAAGAUGAGAUGGGACGAACAAAUACCACGUCAGCAAGAGUUGGAGUGGAAAGCAUGGCUGUCUUUGCUGUCAGAUAUUGAGAAUGUUUCCGUCCGACGCUGCUACAAGACACACAAAAGUGGAAAUAUUGUUAAUGCGCAGCUUCAUAUCUUCAGCGAUGGGUCACAGACAGGAUACGGUGCGUGCGCAUACAUACGGUUGACAGACGAUGCUGGAAAUAUUUCGUGUUCGUUAGUUGUCGGGAAAUCUAGACUGGCUCCCAUUAAACAAGUGUCCAUACCGAGGUUAGAGUUGUCCGGCGCCGUGGUCGCAUGUCGUCUGUACGAGCAAUUAUCCGAAGAGCUGAGCAUACAUAUAGACAGUGCUACAUUUUGGACUGACUCUAUGAUAGUACUUGGGUACAUAAACAACCAAACAAAACGAUUCAAGACGUUCGUGGGCAAUAGGGUUGCCGCCAUUCAUGACGUCACACAACCAGAACAAUGGCGUCACGUGAACACCAAAUCUAAUCCAGCAGACAUUGCCUCCAGAGGUAUCGAUGCUAGUGACAGAGUAAGUAUGAACAUUUGGUUGAACGGACCAGACUUCCUGUCACUUGACCAAAGCCAGUGGCCAGAAUCGUCCAAAAUUUCGCCACUUCCGAAAGACGACGCGGAGAUUAAGAAAGAUACAACGGUGCUGGUCACAACUACAAAGACUGUUGAUUUGCUCCUGUGCCAGUACUCAUCCUGGAAUAAACUUACCCGCGGUGUAGCAUGGCUGCUUAAAUUUAAAGAAUACUGUGUACGAAAGUAUAUAAAUAAAAAUCCCACAAUAGACGCCCAGAAACUCACGCUGGAGGAUAUACAGAAUGCUGAAAGGUAA